AUGCCAGCCUUAGCUAGCAAAGCACUUCGACCGACCCUCAUUGCACCUUUGGUGAGAGGUACAAGAGGGCACGCAGUGGCCGUCGAUCCACCUUACCUCCCUCCCAACCCCACUGCCAACACCUCAUCUCAAGCUAGGCCAAGAUACGUUGAUGGGGAUGUUAGACACGAUUGGAGGAGAUCAGAGAUCCAGAAAAUAUUCGAUGCGCCUUUGAUGGAAACUAUCUACAGAGCUGCAACUGUCCAUAGGAUGCAUCAGGAUGCUUCGAGGAUCCAAUUAUGUACCUUGAUGAACAUCAAGACCGGUGGAUGUACAGAAGACUGUAAAUACUGCUCUCAGUCAUCAUCUUACAAGACCCCAACAAAAGCAUCAAGGUUAAUCGAUAUCGAACCCGUGUUGAAAGCUGCUAGGGAAGCUAAGGAGAAUGGUUCAACGAGAUUCUGUAUGGGCGCUGCCUGGAGGGAUUUGGCGGGCAAGAAGAGUGGUUUCGAGAAGAUCUUGAAGAUGGUCAGCGAGGUUAGAGGGAUGGGUAUGGAAGUAUGUACCACACUAGGUAUGCUCUCGCCAGACCAAGCUCGACGAUUGAAAGAAGCUGGUUUGAGCGCGUACAACCACAACCUUGACACUUCCAGAGAGUUCUACCCAGAGGUUAUUACGUCCCGUACAUACGAUGAUCGAUUGGCUACUAUCGAAGCAGUACGAGAAGCUGGUAUCUCAGUUUGUUCAGGUGGUAUUUUGGGUUUGGGAGAACAGGAUGAAGAUAGAGUGGGAUUGAUCCAUGAGGUCUCGAGAUUACCACAACACCCCGAAUCGUUCCCUGUUAAUACGCUUGUUCCUAUCGAAGGUACUCCAUUGGAAAAGAAUGACCCUGUCGGAGUCCACACUGUCCUCCGAACCAUCGCUACUGCCCGUAUAGUUUUACCCCGGACUAUCAUCAGGUUGGCUGCCGGACGACACACCUUUUCAGAGACUGAACAGGCUAUGGCAUUCAUGGCAGGAGCCAACGCGAUCUUUACCGGAGAACGAAUGCUCACCACUCCAUGUUCAGGAUGGGACGAGGACAAAGCGAUGUUGGGUAGAUGGGGUUUGAGAGGUCAGAGAUCAUUCGAAGAUUCAGAAUCGGUAUCUACCACACCGAUGAUGACGAAGGAACAACAAGCGUUACACGGUGUCAGCUAUUAG